CUCGCUUUAUUUUGACGUGCUCCAUCCGCCAACGAGUCUGCGCGCUGCAGGAGAUUUCUGUUUGGCUUUUCCCGGCAGCGACGGAUACACCUAUUCCCGUCAGUCACGUGGUGAGCUUUCGCGGGUAAGGAUCGUAUUCCUUUGUCGGCCUUUUUUUUCCUCGGUGGUGUAAGAGAAACAGAUAAAGAGAAAGAGAGAGAAGAAAGAUUUGGAUUCAUCACUAAUUCAAGGUGCAUUUUCAAAAUCGCCAGAGGCCGUCACAGAAGAGAAUAUCUCAUUGUGGAGGGAAGCGAUCGACCCAAAAGACAUCGGCAUGUCACGAUUACGCCGAGCAAACGUCGCGACGCCGAUGGAAGCGGUGACGUGACAAAGAUCGAGGUGGUGCUCCAGGAAGCACCGGACGCUGUCAUCGUCGGUUCCAUGUCAUCGGAACUGGAAGCCACCACCGAACUCAAUUCGACAUUUCCCAACGGGAUUCCAGGAACGGGCGCGGUAGUUGUGCGAGCCGAGGAGGUCCUUAUCGUCGUUCUUGUCCUGGUCCUGUGGGUGGCUGCCAUCGCUCUGUUUUUCAAUCGAUGGGGCAAGAUCCGCAUGCUCGAGCCGUACCAGCCGAAAUUUCAGCAACAACACCGGCAAAGCUGCACCAUAAUCGACCCAAACCCACUCCAGCACCGGAGCUACUCCAAAUUCAACAUCCACUGCAUGGAGCAUCCGGUGCACCAGAUGAGCUGCGUCUCGGCCGCCGGGCCGAUUGCCAGGCUGCGCCAGAACAGCGUGUUCGUGGGCUCGAGCACGUCGCUGCUGCCGGCCGGCCAGGAGGCGCCCAGGCGUACCAAGAGCGCCUUCGAUCUGCAGUCGCUGGUGCACGCGGAGGGCGCGGGCCCGCAGAACGAUGAGGAGGAGCGCGACGGUGACACGUUGAGGACCCUCAGGUCGUUCGGCGAGACGUCGCGGCUGUUGCAGCGCGACCGUCGACCCAGCGUUUACCAAUUCGACCGUACGGACGUCCUGGCGAGGCCGACGCUGCAGCGCGAGCGCGGCAUGAGUAUCUGUCACUUCGACAGGACGGAGGUUCUGGCCCGACCGUUGCAGAGGGACCGUGGCAUGAGCAUCUGCCACUUCGACCGGAUGGACGUCCUGGCGAGGCCGACGUUGCAGCGCGACCGCGGCAUGAGUAUCUGCCACUUCGACCGGAUGGACGUUCUGGCGAGGCCGGCGGUGCAGCGUGACCGCGUCAACAGCAUCUGUCACUUCGACAGAAUGGACGUGCUGGCGAGGCCCACGUUUCCGCCCGGCAAGUCCCUGCUGCGGGAGAGACGCGUCAGCGUGUGCAACUUCCUGGAGAGGGACGAGGAGUCGCCGGGCAGCAGGAGUUCCCUGCAGAAGGACAGGCGGUUGAGCGUCAGUAACGUCGACAGAAUCGAGACCCUCGGGAAAUCGUUGUCGCGCAGAGACCUGCGCGGCAGCAACAGCAACGUGGUGGACAACGUCAGGCAGGACAGCCUGUCGAAAUGCGGCACGAUCAGAGAGAGGAACAACUCCAUGCAUCACUUCGAUCGUCCAUCCUGCAGCAAAACGUCCGACGUCGUGCUCGGGUACAAAGCGACGUGCGUUUAGUCGCGGCUCCAUUCCCCGGGGGCCUGACGGAGAACGCGCGAAUAGAAGACGACGAUUGACUCCGCGACGACGGUCCAGUCGUCGCGGAUCUACCUUGGACGAAAUACGGCUGUGAAAUUCUUUCGUAAUCGCUUUUGCUUCGACGCCAUCUUAUGUCGCUUAUAUUUCUUGUAUUCUUUUAUGGAGUUGUAUUCUUGUAUUCUUUUGAGAAGCAACCACAGCCCCAAUGGCCCUUAUCGAACCGUCAAAGUGCGAUAACUAAUCGCUCGACAUUUGGACGUUACGCGGUUCCGAAAUGGCGGAAUUACCCUCAUUUCUGCCCUUUGCGCGAAUAAAUGUCGCUUCGAUCUCGCUCGCUCGCUCGCUUCGCGGACGGAGAAUCGAUCUAUAAGUCUCGGUCUCAGAAGAAAAAAACAUCUCGCGUCUUUUCUGCGCGUGCGAAAUUAAGUGCGCGUCAGAGAGAGAGAGAGAGAGAGAGGUCUUUAGAUGCUCUCCGGAAAUUAAAGGCGCGUCGCGUGGACACGCAAUAGAAGGGCGGACGUUGAGGAGCGUUUUUCAUCGUGGUUUUCUCUUUUUCUUUUCCCCCGCGUUUAUUUUUUUUCCCCUCCGCCUUUUUUGCCGCGGGCUAAAUGUAAUAACUAAACUACCUACCUACCUACCUACCUACCUACCCGGUCGGCCUCAUGAAUGAUACAUGACGAGCAUUUCGACGAAUUCGCCCGGGGAAUGCCGUUGAAUUUCCCUUCGUUAUUCGGCGUUUCGUUAAUGGUAUAUUCGAGAGUUUCGCUAGUUGAAACGCUCAACAAUGAAACUGUAGAACGCGGCGGAUAUCAGCAAACACAGUCGCGCGUGAGUUUCCGUAACGGCGGGAGAGCGCGAUCGACGCGAUUGGCGCGAGCCAGCGCUGGUUAGAACGUUUCAUUGUAACGCGUUUAUUUGAACAGUCCGGAAUUUUUAAUUAACAUCCUUAAUCGCGGAGUCUGAGCGAGCGGAGUACAAUUAGUUGGAAAAGGAAUCGAUCGACCAACUUUAUUCAUCCCUAUCCAAUUUUGCUCUUUAUCUCUCUCUCUCUUUCUCUCUUUCUCUCUCUCUGUCUCCCUUUCUAUCCUUUAGCCAUAAUUAUAGACGGAGACUUUUUCUCCUCUUUCCUCUUUCUUCUCGGAACGUAAUCCGUCGUAGGGAGCGAACCGUAGAAAUUACUCUAUUCUUCGCAGAGACGAGGUCUCGUCUAGGUCUCAUCUCCUCUACUUGUAGACGUACGUACGGGCUCUCGCAAAUUGUCUGCACACACAAAGCAGCGUAAAUCGGUUAGAUGCAACGGCGCGUUUACCGGGCGCGCGCGCUUGAUCGUUCGAUCAGUAGAACCUGUCAAGUCAACGCCAUCGGCACGGAGGAAAGAGAACGGUACAUGCCUCUCAGGGAUUUAUUAUUUAAAAUCUUCACUCGCGUGGAAAAUGGUCUGUCGCUCUAAUGCAGGGGGAAGUCAUGCGAAAUGCGCGCAUUCGUUUCUUGCAAUUUCAAUUAAACAACGUUUACACGGAGCCUAUUAAUUCAGCUAAUGUCGAACGGAUUGAUAUCGAAUCUAUCGGUCUCGGGCUCGUUAAUCGAGCUUUGCGGCCGCUGCUUGUACGAAACACGUAGAUACACGCGACACGUAGUCCGCGCGUUUACGGCCGUACGUUUACAUUUAACGAUCGUAACGGUCAUUAAAAUUUCAUUAUCGCGUAAUGGGUUUGAUUCUGCUUCUCGUUUUGGCGUGUAUGUCAUAAUUCUUCGCGGUUAAUGCUGUCGUAAAGUACAAAAGCGUUCAAAGCAUAUACUAUUCUAAAGCCACAGAUACAAAAACUGUAAUGAUAUUUCGCCGUCAUAUCCACGAAAUAUAUAUCCGUAACGAUAUAACGAAAUAAUUACCUAUUUUGAAUAAUCGAUAGAUUUACAUGGUACAUAAAUACAUACAUAUAUGCGGGAAACUAUAUGUCAGAAUAUUUUCGGAGAGCCUACAUAUAUUUUUAUCCGUUGGAAUAAGGGCAAGCAGUUAUUAAUGAGAUUACUCUUAGUACCUAGUUCCUUCAACGUUGGAAGAUGUAUGAUAUACGCGAUUGCUGCGUACGGUGCUAGAGAGAGAGCUCUUAGCGAGAUUCGUAGUUUGUACACGUGUUUGUAGCGCACGGAAUUAGAGAGAUGAGCUCACCGAGCCAUCGGUACAUUAUCUCCAAUUUUUAUCUUCAGGUUCACGCUAAAGGAUAAUUAAAAGUGAAUUAAAAACGGAGAGAUGUUACACGGACAAAACUCAAUGUGAGCCAUCUCUCAAUUUAUUAAAGGCCCCUGUCUGCUAUUUGAUGUUUUAAUUAAAAGUGCAACGAAGUCAUCAUAUAAAAAGAGAGAAAUCAACACUGUUUUAAUCCCGCGCUCCGGCGGAAAGCGGCCUUCAAUAAAACAAGAUAUUACGAUAAAAUUUUCUCGCGUAUAUUUAUAUUAAAAGUGGGAGCGCGAAUCUCUUUGCAGAGAAUAUUAUUUUUGUUUUUCCCCCUGACGUAAUUACAUCACUGUAUAAUUAAAGAACUCGGCUCAACGAUAUAUUAAUCUACGUGAAAGAAAUGUACCUCAUCUACAGUAGUCAAUACAUUAUUGUUCUACCAAACGAUUAAUUACAACUGAAUAAUAGGAACAUGUGAUCUUUUUUUAUUUCAUGUAAAUUAAAAUACUACUUCUCGCGAUCGGAAAAUCUCUCCGUUAUCUCUAUUAUCAAACUUUAUGGAAGUAUUAAACGCAGUUAUAGCUCCCUCGUGUCAGAUCGAAAUUCAUUAUCAAGGGGACCUUGUCUAAUUAGCCGAUAAUGAGAAUAUCGUAGAGUAUAAUUAUUAUAUAUAUAUAUAUAUACGUACGUAGACACGUUCAGACCAAAAGUAAGCUUUAAAUUCUAAGACUCUAUGAAGUAUAGUAAAGACUAAUCAUAGAUUAAUUUCGUGACUUCACAUUCACGCGCGUUCUCAAACGUUCAUACUUUUGACGAUUCAGACUGUUUCAAUCAAAAGAAUUCGAGUAUUCUAAAAGUAUAUGUAUUUUUCAUAAAUGUCCGAUAAACAUUAAGACACACAACUUACGUAUCUCUUUUUUGUAAAGAAACGGAGCGUUGUAAAAAUAAUGCAUUUAUUUUGUUAAGUACUCGUUUGGCACAGAUAGAUCUUAUAUUGAUUUUAAAUACAAAAAUUGUCAAAUAUAAUUUUAAUAGUAUGAAAGUAUUGCUGAAUAUUACGCUUAUUCCAGAAAUUUCUCGCGAUUUUUUUGUGAAUUCCUAUGAAAAUAUCGGACAUUUCUCUAACAGAUUUUCUCUUAUAUAUCUCUUAUAUAUUCUCACGAAGCGUUCGAACAAUUUGAAGAGGAGUACAAUAUCAAAGAACCAUGUAUGAGUAAGAGUAAUAAUGUUAGACUUGUGUGGGAUGUGCUGUAAAAGUAUAAUGAAUGAUUGAGAAGAUUGGAUUGUCGUAAUUGAACUUGCGAAGUGGAUAAGUAAUUUGACGAAGGAGCGUUUAUUGAACAAGUUAAUGCUAACAAAUAAUAUAUCUUAUUAUAACAGAUAUAUUUAUUAUUUAAUUAUUUAUUAUACUUUAAAGGGUUUGUUAUUUAUAUAAUUACGAAUGUAAAUUCCCCAUUAAUUGAUACGUUAACCGUCGACUUUGAUUUCUUACAAUUUGCCAUUUACAACUUACUGCAUUUACCAAUUUGUGUGCGUUGGUCGAGUAAUUUUUCUAGUCGUAUAUGAUCUUCAGAUUAUAUGUAGGAGACAAAUUUUGUGAAUAUGUUAGUGAAUGACUUUUUUACAAUAAAUAUUAUUUGAAACAAUAA